CAGCCCUUUUCAGUUCAAACUUGACAUUAAGAAGCUUUCGCUGGAUUAUUAUCAAGACUCCUUCAGGAAUUAAUGGACCCCACAGACCAAUGUGUCAGCGACUGAAGUGUCCAGACCUGAGCAUGGCAUGAGAGGGCUCCAGGAUCCAUCAGGCACACAUGUAUGGGAUAUCAUGUAAUACCAGAUUCUAAGGUGUCUAAAGGCGACUCCUAUAGACAACGCCACCAAAACAUUUCCAUUCUGUCUGCUCAGGGUUACAUAACAGGAGGUGAGAGAAAGUAAAACUGACUGAUGGACGGAUAUCGGGCGAUCUUUAUAUGGAUUACCAUUUUGUGCCUGAUACAAGAUUUUGGGUCAUGUUCCGAAAUUCUUGAAGGUCCUAAAAAUGUCACUGUGCUGCGUGGUUCAAACGCAAGCUUCAAAUGCACAGUACAAGAGUUGAAAAUUAUGUCAUGGUACAUACAUGAAGUAUUUGCUGUCUCCAUAAGCCCCAGUGGGGUCACAGUGGGCAGCGAUUUCACCAUCAUUCUCAAGAACAGCACAAACUCCUUCAGCGGAGCGUUUACCUCAGAGAUAACAAUUAUCAACGUCAACAAAUCUACCUCCGGAAGUGUAGGUUGCAGCAGCCUCUCCGCAUCAUUUAAAGAUGCCUACCUGUCUGUCCAGGUGAAUGGCUCUGUUCAAAUCACAAAUGGAAGUGUCACCGUGACACCAAACUCCACAGUCAGCAUGAUCUGCCAAGCAGCCCAGUGGUAUCCAGCUCCAACCAUCACAUGGCAGAUAAAUAAUACCGCAGCAGAUACUUUAUAUUACUCCACAAUGUUCACCACAGACGUCAACGACUUUGUGACUGCUCAAAGCACCUUUAGAAUAAACCCAGAAGAAGAUCUCAGCUUGACCUGUCUGGCCACAGUACAGACUCUGACCCAUCCGCAGUCAGCGACAGCCAACAUAACAGUAAGGGAACGCAUCCCAGGGGGCAGCUCUUCACUCAGUCAGACGGACAUCAUCCUCAUUGCUGUCUUCGCAUCUCUCGGGGGAUUACUGAUCAUCAUCGUCAUCUUCGUAGUUAUCAUCUUUUGUUGCAAAAGGAGAAAACAGAAGAAAACAGAGAGCGGCUAUCAGAGUGAUGCAUGGAACGCCCCAGAGCGGAACGACAACAAUCUGAGGACCAUCCAGGGAGACAGUCUUGGAGAGCGUAACUUUGCAUAUACACCCGACCCUGUACCAGUAAGGCAUAGUUUUGGUUCCAUUAAUGGUAGCAGCUCACCUUACUAUGAUGAUUCAUCUACCUCAACAGCCUCAAGUGUAAAGGUUCCUCCUCAGGAAUGGACUGAUGACCAUCUGAAAAAAAUAAGACAUGUCACGCACGUGUGAUCUACAUACAACAUUACAAACCCACCGGAUUACUUUGUCACGCCACACUGUCUCCGCUGACCCCAACUCAGUUUUGAACCUCAUAUAUUAUAACUUCAGGAUGAAUUAUUCCAUAACGGAACAAACCGGGGGUCAUGUGUGGAGCUGAAGAUCCUCUGAGAAGUCUUAGGUGAGGAGGGUAAACAAAAAUGGAACAAAAAGUGGUGAAGAUCUCCUCUAUGUUCAAAGAGAAAAAAGUCUGUGACUUUGCUGUGUGACUAUAAAAUGAAAAGAAACAACAUAGCAGCAGUAACAUGAGAUGUUACAAAAAAAUACUAAAAAAACAACAUAAUUUAUCAGGUGUUUUAUACAGUUUUUGUUUUUUUUACAUUUUUUAGCAGUUAUAACAUUUAUUGCCAAAGACAACAAAAAGGUAAUGGAUUAAAUUUAGAACUGAUUUAUGUAUAAUAAAUAAAGGAGUGGUCUGGGCAGCUAUUAUUAAAAAAACGAGGCUAGAAUUACAUAAAUAAAAGAAGUAGUACUCUGUCUAUCUCCUGCUGCUCCCGAUUCAAAGGUUCCCAAGUCUCCACUGGUCUAUCUGGUUCUGGUCCUUCUUAACACAAAGGAAAACACUGUUCAGGAUCUUACUGUCAAUGUGUCAUUGUCCCAUGUCUCCCAUUGUCAGUGCCUCAU